AUGCGACGUUGCAAGCAACGAGACCACACCCACCGUGACGACCAUCGCAACGCCGACCACCGUGACGCCGCCACCGACAACGACUCCGCCGACGACGACCGUGCCGCCGCCGACGACGACAACGCCCGUGCCGACAACGACAGAAGCGCCCAAGACACCGGCGCCCACGACGACACUACCGCCUUCAACGACGGCCCCGCCCACGCAACCGCCGUCAACGACGGCGGCACCGACACAGGCCCCUGCCACCGCCGCGCCCGUGACCAACGCACCCAAGACAGCGGCCCCAGCCACGCAGGCGCCAACUGCGCCGCCAUCGACGGAGACGCCGACGCCGAAUUCGAGUCGACGGCGCUCGGUGUCUGGCCCGUCGUUGGCAUCAUUGCCGCGGGCGCCGUUGUCUUGGCCGCGGGUGUUGUCUGCUUUAUCAAGCGCCGGCACAUGCGUGGCUCGACGACGGUGCACGACGACCCGUUGACACCGACGCACGCAGCAGGCGCAGCGGUCUUUGAGACGUACACGGACGGCACGACACCGACGGCCGUCGACACAGCGCCGCGCUUCCAAAACGAGAACGACAGCUACAUGGAAGAGCCGCGCCGGCCACAGCUCUGGGAAAGCACGCUCGAGUCGCAGCCGACCACGUCGUUCGUAUCGGAUAGCCACGGCAGCGCGUUCGACUCGUUCGUAUCGCGGAGCAGCACGGGCAACGACACUUUUGUGCGCUAG